AUGGUGCGAAGCAUGUUGGUAAAAAAAAGGUAUUUAGAAGACUUUCUAAUAGAAGCAGUUAAUUGGAGUGUUCAUGUACUCAACCGAAGCCCUACCCUUGCUGUAAAAAACAUAACACCACAAGAAGCUUGGAAUGAAGUCAGGCCAUCAGUUGAUCACUUCAGAAUCUUCGGGUGUAUAGCAUAUGCACAUGUUCCAGAUGAGAAGAGAACAAAGCUUAACGAUAAAAGUGUGAAGUGUCUUUAUUCGGAAAACACAUGGGAUUGGAGCAACACCAAACAACAACAAAUUUUAAUUGAUCUUGAGGAAGCUGGCGGGGAAAUUAUACAGCCACUGCAACCUCCUCUUGAAAGUCAGGGGUCUGAAUCACAAUUGCAGCUUCCUGGUCAGUCCCUUGGAGAAGUUUCACCAAGUUCCUCAGCAAGUGUUUCAAUUCCAAAUGAAGUUCAAGCACCUAGCUUAGAACCACAACGACAAAGGAAAAGACCAUCUUGGAUGAUAGAUUGUGUGAGUGGAGAUGAAUUAUCUUAUGAGGAUACUACUACUCAUUUCAUUUUAUUUGCAGGCUCUGAUCCUAUAUUGUUUGCAGAAGCAGUGAAAGAAGAAAAGUGGAAAAAAGCCAUAGAUGCAGAUAUUCAAGCUAUAGAGAAGAAUGAGACUUGGGAGCUAACCGAUCUUCCUAAAGGGCAAAAAACCAUUAGUGUAAAGUGGGUUUAUAAGAAGAAGCUGAAUGAAAAGGGAGAAAUUGACAAGUUCAAAGCAAGGCUAGUAGUGAAAGGCUACAAUCAAGAGCAUGGAGCUAAUUAUCAAGAGAUUUUUGCUCCUGUUGCAAGACAGGAUACAAUUCGGUUGGUGCUUGAUGUGAAAUCGGCCUUCCUUAAUGGUGAACUACUUGAGCAAGUCUACAUUGAGCAGCCUCCUAGCUAUGUGAUAAAAGAAGCAUACUUUAAAGAGGUAGGUUUCAACAAAUGUCCAUAUGAGCACACUCUAUUCAUCAAGUUUGGAGAAGGAGGUAGAAUCCUGAUAGUUUGCUUAUAUGUUGAUGAUCUUAUUUUCAUGGGCAAUGAUAAGCCUAUGUUUAUUGAUUUUAAGAAUUCUAUGAUGGCUGAUUUUGACAUGACUAAUUUGGGAAAGAUGAAAUAUUAUCUUGGUAUAGAAGUAGUACAAACAGCUAUUGGAUUUUUUAUUGGGCAAAAGAAAUAUGCUCAGGAAGUUUUGGAGAGGUUUCACAUGAAGAAUUGUAAUCUAGUUGGGACUCCAACUGAACCGGGAUUGAAGCUCUCAAGUGAUCUCGAUGGAGAGAGGGUUGAUAGUACUUACUUCAAACAAAUUGUUGGAAGUUUAAUGUACUUGACAGCCACUCAGCCUGAUAUUAUGUAUGCAGUGUGUCUAAUUAGCAGGUAUAUGGAAAGACAAACAGAGCUACAUCUUAGAGCUACUAAAAGAGUGUUUCGUUACUUGAAAGGAACAAUAGAUUUUGGUAUUUUCUACAAGAAAAAUGGAGGACCUAUUUUGACUGGUUUCACUGACAGCGAUUAUGCUGGUGAUUUGGAUGAUAGGUGA